CAACCUAAAGCCACCGUCAGGCGCGCGACAUGCUGGGGGCUGAUGGUCCUGGUCUGUUUCCCAUCUGCGUCUCUGGCAUCGAUUCACCGACCUGUUGCUGGACAGGCUGUGCAUGACAGGCAGCUGCCCUCGCCCGCCUAUUCGUUUCCAUCGUUCGCAGCCAGUAGCACCUUUCAUCCUCCAGAAGAGCUGGCUUAACGGCUAUCCUUUCACCCGCGGUUUUGCGAUUAAAGCAGGUAAUCACUACCGCCAUGUCCGAGGAGGUUGAAGGAACUAGGACUUUGGAGGAACAGCAGGAAAUGGAGGACAAAGUAGUCAGUCCAGAAAAAGCUGAGGAGGCCAAACUGAAGGCCAGGUAUCCAAACCUGGGAGCCAAGCCUGGAGGCUCCGACUUGCUGAGGAAAAGACUUCAGAAGGGGCCAAAGUAUUUUGACUCUGGUGACUACAACAUGGCCAAGGCAAAAAUGAAGAAUAAACAGUUGCCAUCAGCACCAACAGAGAAGGCUGAGAUCACAGGGGGGCACAUCCCAACACCCCAGGAUCUGCCUCAGAGAAAGACUUCAAUUGUGGCCAGCAAACUGGCUGGUUGAUGGUUUCAUGUUUACGUUUGGUUACCAUUCCCGCACCCACUUUAUAUCUACCUGCUGUUAUUGGUUUUGUUCGUUUUCCACCUUUCUUUGUAUUCUCAAAGAACAAGUUAUGUACCAAGCCAAAUUCUUGACAACACGUGGCACUGAAUUGUUAUUGGGUUAAAUCAAACAAACGGAAGUAGCUGAAAAAGUUUCUCAAGAUCUUAAAAGACUGAAUGGUGAUUGAUUAUAAAGUUGUUGGUAACUCGCAUGGCAUUUUCACUUUUAAGGAUAUAUGUCUCCAUCCAAAUUGCUUGUAUAACAGAAGUUAAGCGCCCGUGCAGAGGAAUCUGGUUCUGCCAUAUUACUCAUAAUUACAGGGGCAAAAAUACUUGAAUUACGACCAUGGACAGUUUGCAUUGGUGUAUGUAUGUAGAAGUGUGAUUUACAAAUAUGACUUGCACUUAGCAAUGCAGUCUUCAGCUGCUCACAUGGAGGCAUAUCUGUUUUAAAUGGUGAAAAGUGAUGCAAUCUUGCUUUUUUUUUUCUAAUCCUUUAUUAUUUGGGCCCCCUCCUUUGUCUCUGAAGCUUUGAUUCCGUGCUUUCAAAGUACUGACAAUUAGAACACACAUACACCUUAUAGCCAGCUGUAUUCUAAUUCAUUUUAGUGGCAUUGGUUUGCAAGGACCUGCUGCUAGUGUCCAUCUCAUCAUAACCUCUAAAAUGGCCUUAAAAGUAAUGCACCGUUGUUCCUCUUGAGCAAUAUUUGCUCCCUCAGUGAGAAUCUUCGUUAUGAAUUUUGCCUGAGAUGUCUGUCACUGUCUGACUGGAAUCACUUAGGAUUUUAUGGGAAGAAACUCCAAUGUCAUGUCUGGAGUGUACAUGUGCAUUUACUGUGCAGUCAUACUGUGCCAUUUGUUUUGUAAAUAAAAUAGUUUUGCAUAAUG